AAAAAAAAAAAAAAAAAAAAAAAAACUGGAAAACCGAAAAUUCAAAACAUAAAAAAACACCCAGCAUCCCGCGCAAACCAUCAUCUCUCUCCUCAGUAACUAAACUGGUAUUCACUGUUCUGACCGCCAUAGCCGACAUUAGAGAGAGAAACAUAGAUUUUUAGAGAGAGAAACAUAGAAGCAUGCCACCAAGGAAGAAAUCAAACGCUUCAUCUUCUUCAGCAUCCAAAAAAACCACUCAAAACACCAACUCUCAGCCUGCUAAGUAUGGUAUACAACACUUCUUUGGCCGUCUUUCUCAAAACCCUAGUAAGAGUAAAUCUACUGAAUCCCCUCAAAACCCCAAACCCAGUUCAAAUUCCCAGAUUUCGGAACCACCCAAUGGAUCGAAAAUUGGAAAUGGGUCGAAUUCGGGUUCAAUUGGGGGAGUUAAAAAUGGGGUUGUACCGAAAAUUAAGGUUCAGAAGGAUGUAAAGGAAGUGGGUUUAGCUGCUUCUGAUCAAAACCCGAAAAAUGGGUCGGAAUUGAAAAGGGAUGGAAGUGAAGUUUCUGAGAAAAUUAGGGUUUCUAAGAAUUUGGGUUUAUCUUCUGUUGAUGAUCAAAACCCUAAAAAUGGGUUGAAAUUGGGAUCUGAUAAUACUCCGCCUGAAAAUUUGUUGGUGGAUUUGACUAAUUCGGAUGAUGCUUUCGAGGUUUCGCCGGAAGUUGCAAAGUCCAUGCCCAGAAAACGUUUCAAGUUUUCUCCUGGAAUGUUAAUAAAGCAAAGUCAGGAUGAUAGGGAGGAGGUAACAUGGAAGAUUUCCCCUGUGAAUGAGCGCCUUCAAGCCAUUUCUAAGCUUGCUCCUGAUGUGGUGAAAGCUUUAGCUGAGGCUUCAAGGCUCAAUUCUUGCUCCUUCCAGCAGUUGUCCGAUAAUGAUAAUCAGCACUGUAAGGAGGGAAAGGUUUAUGAAGAACAUGUCAUGCCUAGAACUGAGACACUUGGAAAAUCAACCUCUGUAUCAAAUGGUACUGUGUGUAACAGGGCAAGUAAUGGUCAUGCUACAAACAUGAAUGGCCAACAUGGCAAUGCGGCAGAAUUGAAUAAUUCAGAUGCUAUUUGUUCUCAGAGUCCUUUUAGAACUCCACCUUCCUUAUCAUAUCGACAUGAUAAGCCAACUGAAAAUGCUGCAAAUAAAGACAGUCUAAGAGAAUGGGCAGGACUACGGCAUCACAAAAAGGCCCUGCUUGAACUUCUAGAUCAAGUAGAGAAUGCAAUUUCAGUCGAAGGGUCAGUUUUGGUUGAACAUCAAAUACAUGUUUCUGGUGUUUGCAAUAAAAUUAGUGACGAGAGACCUGCAGAGGAUAAUUUUACUGUGAAUAAAGUGGCAAUAAAGCCACAAGAGGAGGCUAAUUUGCAACCUUCUGAUCCAUAUUUUCUUGUUUUAGAGGUCAAUGAGAAAUGUGCUACUACGUCAGAAGGAGCUCAGUGUUCACUGAAGGUUCUUCGUGUGCUUAAUGAGCGAAGUGGGGAGGAACAAUGUGUAAAUUUGUGGGAUGACUGGUUCUACAGUGUGAUUGAGCCUGGAGACUCCAUAAGAGUUAUUGGAGAAUUUGAUAACCAGGGGAAUUGCAACAUAAAUCAUGACAAAAAUCUUCUCGUAAUUCAACCAAAUCUACUACUUUCAGGAACUCGGGUUGCGGGUAGUUUCAGCUGUCCUAGGCGAGCAGUUUUGGAUGAGAGGUUAAAAUGUGGUGAAUCUUCAACUGCAGCAUUAACUGGCACCUUGCUGCAUCAAAUCUUUCAGGCUGGGCUUCUGAUGGAGAGUCCCACAAUAGAAUCGCUUCAGGAAUUUGCAAAGAUUGUUCUUCAAAAACAUAUCGAAGGCUUGUAUGCAUGUGGAGUACAUGAAAAAGAUAUGCGCGAAACCUUAAAUGAUGCAAUUCCAAGGAUAUGCAAUUGGAUAGGACUCUUUCGGGAUUCACAGAUAUCCAGUGCACCUGCAGUUGAUUUUGGACCCAAUGAUGGACCGAUAAGGAUGAGCAUAUGUGAUGUAGUUGAUAUAGAGGAAAUGGCAUGGGCACCAAAAUAUGGGUUGAAAGGAGUGAUUGAUGCUUCCCUCCGAGUACAAAUUCUCUCAAAUUCCAGAAACACUAAUGAAAAGAUAAUACCCCUGGAGUUUAAAACUGGUAAAGCAACUAGUGGCCAGUCUCUCACAGAACACUCUGCACAACUAAUUCUAUACACUCUUCUCUUGUCCGAGAGAUAUAUGCAGAAGAUUGAUUCUGGUCUUCUAUAUUACCUGUCGACUGAUCAGACAUUGGGAGCAAAUGUUCGGAGAUCAGACUUGAUUGGACUGAUCAUGCGUCGCAAUGAACUAGCACAUAGCAUCAUUAAGGCUUCGAAGGUGCAACAACUGCCACCAAUGCUCCAGAGUCCAAACAUGUGUAGAAAUUGUCGCCACCUCAAUGCUUGUUCCAUUUAUCACAAGGUGCAUGGUGGAAGUGCUGAGAGCAGUGGGUUGGGAGAACUUUUUGAGUCACUUACUGAUCAUUUAACAACCACUCAUAAAGUUUUCUUCAAACAAUGGGAUCGGUUAAUUGACCUAGAAGCUAAAGAGUUGCAGCUUCCCAAAUUUGAGAGAGGGAGAUCAUAUGAUUCAAAGAGUGAAAACUUCUCUAACUGCCUGUCGUCAAUAGUUCUUGAUGCCUCUGAUGAGCUUCAUCUACGAACAUGUACCAAAGAUGAACGCUUUGUUUAUCGCUUUGUGCACAAGGAUAAUCUCAUUUCUAAUAGGAAAGAUAACCAAGAUUCUAAUUCGGCAGAGAAUGACUUACAUUCUAGUCUCCGUAGUGGUGAUCGUGUGAUUUUGAGCACUGAGUCCAACAAUCUUGCUGUUGCAAGUGGUAUUAUCACAGAUAUCAGUCGCUCUUGUGUUUCAGUCUCAUGUUCUAAGCGCUUGCGGCUUCCAAGAAGUACUAUAUCUUCAAUGUCACAGGAUCUUUAUCAGGAGGUCUGGCGGAUAGAGAAGGAUGAAUUUGCUACAUCCUUUGCUACUAUGAGGUUCAAUCUGGUACAGCUUUUUCUGUUAAGUGCACAAAGUGAUCGUUUGAGGAAGCUAAUUGUGGAUCUCGAGGCUCCUAGAUUUGACAGUGGGUCUAUACCUAGCCAAGAUCCUGCUAUAUCCUACAUUUGGUCUGAGAAAAAUUUAAAUGCUGAUCAGCGCAGAGCAAUCAUCAAGAUACUUACAGCAAAAGAUUACGCUCUUAUUCUGGGAAUGCCUGGGACUGGAAAAACAUCCACUAUGGUAUAUGCUGUCAAGGCUUUGUUGAUGAGAGGAUCAUCUAUUUUGCUUACAUCAUACACUAACUCAGCUGUUGAUAAUUUGCUUAUCAAACUCAAAGCUCAGGAAAUAGACUUUUUACGUAUUGGGCGAAGUGAAGCUGUGCACAAAGAAGUUCAAGGGCAUUGUCUGUCAGACAUGGACAUUCACAGUGUGGAUGAAAUCAAAUUGAAGCUGGAUCGAGUCAAAGUUGUUGCAGUUACUUGUCUAGGAAUAACCAGUCCCUUGCUUGUAAAUAAAAAAUUUGAUGUCUGCAUAAUCGAUGAAGCUGGACAGACUAGCUUGCCGGUAUCAUUAGGGCCAUUGAUGUUUUCAUCCAAGUUUGUCCUUGUUGGCGAUCAUUAUCAGUUGCCACCAUUAGUGAAGAGUGCAGAGGCUCGAGAAAAUGGAAUGUCAGUAAGUUUGUUUCGUAGGCUAUCAGAAGGACAUCCUCAAGCAAUAUCAGCAUUGCAAAGUCAGUAUCGUAUGUGUGCAGGUGUCAUGAAACUGUCAAAUGCCCUUAUAUAUGGUGAAAAACUGCGUUGUGGUUCUCUAGAUGUGGAAAAUGCAAAGCUUAAGUUAUCAAAUAAAGGUCCCAUGUCCCCAUGGUUGAAAGAGGUUUUAGAUGCAGACAAACCAGUAAUGUUUAUUAACACAGAUAUUUUACCUGCUUUCGAGACAAAGGAUAAGAAGACUGUAAAUAACCCAAUUGAAGCUUAUCUUGUAGCAGAGAUUACAGAGGCAUUGACUAAUCAUGGAGUUGAAAAGGAGGAAAUUGGGAUCAUUACACCUUACAACUCCCAAGCAACUCUGAUCCGUCAUGCUCUAAAUAUGGAAGCUGUUGAGGUCCACACAAUCGAUAAAUACCAGGGAAGAGAUAAGGAUUGCAUAAUAUUAUCCUUUGUUCGGUCAUCUCGAAAUCCAAGGAACUGCUCAUCAACACUACUCGAUGAUUGGCAUAGAAUCAACGUGGCUUUGACACGUGCUAAGAAGAAGCUAAUAAUGGUGGGUUCGUGCAAAACUCUUUCAACAGUUCCACUUCUAAAGCUUCUCAUUGAGAAAGUUGAAGAACAGUCAGGGAUUUUUUGUAUCACCAGGAAGGAUUUUGAGCCCAAGACAGAGUUGAAGCGAUGCUCUCACAUUAGAUGAGUGUACAUAUUUAAGCACACGUGCAUGUAUCAAUUUUGACAGGUUAUUGAAAUUUCCAAUUUUUUAUAUGAUUUUUGGAAAUCUGUAUAGAGACCCUCCAGUCCCAGAUUUUGUAUCAUAUAAGGAAUUGGGAAGUGGAGCGGUGUUUUGUAACAAAUAAAUUGUGUAUAGUAAUUAGGAAACAACAGUCAAGUUGAAACUAAAUUUUGGAAGUGAAAUAUAAGGAAAUGCAUUUUUUUUUGCUAUGAACUUCCAACUACUACGUAUUAACUUUGUUUGUUUUCCUGAAGUGCCUCUUGAUUUACCAAAGUAAACUUCAUAUAGACAGGAAGAACAAAAUCUGCUGCAACAUAAUCCUUUUUAUCAGGAUCUUAAGCUUCAUGGUGAUGCGAAUCAUAAGAUCAAGAUGUCAGAUUUCAGAAAUGACAGUAGCUUUGCUAAUUUAAAAUCUAAUCAUUCAAUUGUCAUUGUGUUUUACCUCAUUUUAAGAUCCCCCUUUACUCAAAUGGCUCACAUUUUUUGUACAAACAUAACAGCGGUAAACUUCUGAGGUUCUGAGUGUCUGAGUGAUGCUCAACCAGGAGUCCAGGAGUAAUAGUGACUUGGGUUGUUUACAAGUUACUCAUCUUCAAUGUAGUCAUAGUUCAAGCUUGUUUCUUUGAAGGAAUCUGAUAAAACCGGAAAAACACAUGGACUAAACCUCUACUCAGUAAUGACAACUUAAAAAGCCUAUAAAACACAUACAGAGUGGAACGUACUCAACGGAACAUCAUUCAUCGCGUGUUAAAUCUUUUAGCAUUACAUAAACUCAUACAAUCAAUUACUUAUUCCUCAUUGGGAAAUACACUUGUACACUAAGAACAAAUUACCUACUCGUAUUUAAAAAUUGAUUUUACAUACAGAUUGCUGCAAAGUUAGCAUGUCUUCUUCCUCCAACCUAUACAUUCUCCUUGAUUUAAUAAACAUGGGAUGAGAUCCAAGAGAGUGCAGUAAGAUAGUGGAUUCUCCUUGGGAAUAUGCAAAACCAAAAUUCCCUUUUACUACCCACUCUUGGAAUUACAUUUUGAUGCCUUUGGUUGAUUCC